AUGGGGGUAUAUUUCUCCAUUGCUGUUAUCUUCUCGGUGUUCUUCCUCUAUGGGUCAUAUGCAACCAAAUUAAUAGUAAAGAAUAAGUGUCCUCACAAAAUAUGGCCGGCUACACAGGCUAGUCAAGGAGCGCCAAUUCUGCUGAGAUUUGAAUUAGCAUCAAAAGCAUCACAAACUUUGAAUGUACCAAAUGCAUGGUCGGGAAGAAUAUGGCCGAGAUAUGUUUGCUCUCAAUAUGGAAGAAAUUUUACUUGUCUUAGCGGAGAUUGUCGUACUGGUCAAAUAAAAUGUAACGAUGCUGGUGGUAUUCCACCAGCAACCCUUGCACAGUUCACAAUAGCAAGGUGGUCUGGUGAAAAAGAUUUUUACUCUGUUAGCAUAGUCGAUGGUUUUAACCUACCAGUCUCUGUUAAACCUAUAAAUAGACCUGAUUGUUUAUCUAUAGGUUGUUAUCAAAAUCUUAACGACAUAUCUUGUGUAGAUAAAGUUGAGUUAGAAGUACGAGAUCAACACAAUAAUGUCAUUGGAUGCAAAAGCGAAUGUCUGGCGUUUCAUAGGGAUGAUUUGUGUUGCACCGGUUCAUAUAGUUCUCCACAAACAUGCAAGCCUUCGAGCUAUUCGAAAGAACUCAAAGUCUUUUGUCCUCAAGCGUAUACUUAUCCUUUUGAUGAUGCUUUAUUUACAUGUACAAGAACUGACUACCUGAUUACCUUUUGUCCAUGGGGACAGGGAGUUGCCUAA